AUGUACGAAGGGAUUGACAACUUGAAAUCCCUUUACGACCGUGCCGGGAAGACUUUCUCCGGCGGUCCUUCUGCGGCACAGGAUGUGCCGCGUCGUGCUGCUCAACCAGACCCAGGACGUCAAUCAUCAGUUGGGAGCGGGGCUCUCAAGUGUACCAGAACGGGGGAUAACCGCGCCACCGGACGAGAUAACUCGUCCGACGUCCGUUCACGUCGCGGUGGUUCAACAGCUGCUCAAAUAGAUAGCGCUGGCCACCGCGAGAGUCCUCUAAUGGAGGUGGAGGAGGAGGGAAGACGCUCUCCGCACGAUCGUGGGGAUCCGUGUGUUCCCGAGAGCUUUUUUGAUCGCGUAACGCAAGAAUUACGCGGCGAUCUCGAACAUGAGCGGGACAAGCGUCUCCAAAUGGCGGACGCUGUCUUGAAGCAUCGAGCUGAGUUUGCCUUUGCUCAGCUUAAGAACGAGAGAGCUCUGACAUCUUUUCGUGACGAGCUAAGGGUAGCUCGUGGGAUUGUUGACUGGUCUCGGGAUGAGAUAACUGCUCCUCAGACCCUUGUCGAUGCCCACCAUCGGGAGCACAAGGCUCUCUGCGAGAUGCUUGGGCGCAAGGGCGUUCUUCAUCGGAAGAAGCAGCGUACUGAUGGUACGGCUUAA